AGACGUCACUGUAAUUUUCUUUAUUUACAUAAUAUAAAAAUGCUUUAUCUUAAAUUUUUCAUUAGUACACUACACUGUUACAAUAGAUAGAAGUAGAUAAAAGACUUGGAGCUUGUUCAUUGUUAGGUUACGUAUGUGAUCGAUUUCGCCGUGUUAAAAAUUUGCCACGUAUCUCAGUUUUUUUUAAAUAUUUCUGUAGAAGUGCAUACAAUAGCAUACAAUAAGCUCGAAAACUUUAGUGAUACCACACUACCACGUCUGUGGUGAUACAGUUGGACAGUGUGAUUAGUUUGUUAAUUAAACUUUCAACAUGAGUGGACUCAAGGCAUUUGUUCUUGGUGCUACUGGAGAAACUGGAAAAGAACUCAUCACUGCACUGGUUUCCAAUAAGGCUUUCACCGAAAUUGCCAUAAUUGGACGAAGAAUUGUUGAUUUAAAAGAAGAUGAAUUUAAAAUUGUUAAGCAGGAAAUUGUUGAUUUUGAAAAAUUAGAAGAUUAUGCAGCAGUUUUUGAAGGAUUUGAUAUUGGCUAUUGUUGCCUUGGUACUACAAAGGGCAAAGCAGGAGCAAAUGGUUUCAUUAAAGUUGAUCGAGACUAUGUAUUCAACUCAGCACAACUUGCUAAGCAAGGAGGCUGUAAGCAGUUCCAUUUACUAACAUCUCAAGGUUCCAAUAAGAAUUCAUGGUUCUUGUAUCCAAGGACCAAAGGAGAAGUUGAAGAAAAAGUAGCACAACUUGGAUUUGAAAAAUUAGUUAUUUAUCGCCCCGGACUACUUCUCUGUCACCGACAAGAAAGCCGGCCUGUGGAAAGAAUGUUACAGUUUGUCAUUGGUUCUGUUGAUUGGUCUCGAAAGGUGAGCAUCCCAACCAAAGCUAUUGCUCAAGCGAUGAUAAAUUGCACUCUUCAUGCGACUUCAGAUGGACCAGCAGUCAAUAUAUUAGACAAUCAAACCAUUUUAAAUUUGUCUAAAAAUAACGAAAAUUAAUCGAUAAUUUUCUGCUUUUGGUGCUAACCUUUUAUGGACUUUUUCAUUUGUUUGUUCAUCAGAUCACACGAAGUGUUGUAGCUCUUAUUCAGUGGUAACGCACAUUAAUACAAACACGUUUUCUGCUAAAA